AUGCUAAAAAUCCUCCUCCCAACCCUCCUUCUACCCCCAACAGCUCUCUUAUCCCCAACUAAAUUCCUAUGAAUUAAUACUACAACCCACAGCCUAAUAAUUGCCCUCCUCAGCCUACACUGACUCCUCCCAACCUACUACCCAAGUAAAACCCUAACCCAAUGAACAGGCAUAGACCAAAUCUCCUCCCCCCUCCUAACACUCACCUGCUGAUUGCUACCCCUCAUAAUCCUAGCAUCCCAAAAUCACCUUCAACAUGAACCCACCCCACGAAAACGAAUUUUCAUCCUAACCCUCACCCUCACUCAACCUCUUAUUAUCCUAGCAUUCUCAGCCACAGAACUUACACUAUUCUAUGUCUCAUUCGAAGCAACUCUAAUCCCAACCCUGGCCCUGAUCACUCGAUGAGGAAAUCAACCAGACCGUCUAAGUGCAGGAAUUUACCUACUAUUUUACACCCUUAUCAGCUCCUUACCAUUACUGGUCACAAUCCUAGCCCUACACUCACAAACUGGCACCCUCCACCUCCUAAUAAUAAAACUCAACCACCCCACCAUACCACACUCAUGAACAGGCCUCUUAUCAACCCUAGCCCUACUCCUAGCGUUCAUAGUAAAAGCACCCCUUUACGGACUUCACCUAUGACUCCCCAAAGCCCACGUAGAAGCACCGAUCGCAGGGUCCAUACUACUCGCAGCUCUCCUCCUAAAGUUAGGAGGAUAUGGCAUCAUACGAAUAACCCUAUUAAUAAACCCCCUACUAAACCAUCUACACUACCCAUUCAUUGCCCUAGCACUAUGAGGAGCACUAAUAACCAGCUCAAUUUGUUUACGACAAAUUGACCUGAAAUCACUCAUUGCUUAUUCAUCCGUAAGUCACAUAGGACUCGUAAUCGCAGCCAGCAUAAUCCAAACCCCCUGAUCAUUCUCAGGGGCAAUAAUCCUCAUAGUAUCCCAUGGCCUGACCUCCUCAAUACUAUUCUGUUUAGCCAAUACCAACUACGAGCGGACACACAGCCGAAUCCUCCUAAUAACACGAGGCCUACAACCCCUUCUCCCACUAAUAGCAACUUGAUGACUACUAGCAAACCUCACAAACAUAGCACUACCCCCCACCACCAACCUAAUGGCAGAACUAACCAUCAUUACCGCACUAUUCAACUGGUCCACCCCAACAAUUCUUCUAACUGGAACAGCAACCCUAAUAACAGCCUCGUACACCCUCUACCUCCUCCUCACAACCCAACGAGGAACCACCCCAACCCACAUCACCUCCUUACAAAAUUCUAACACACGAGAACAUCUCUUAAUAAUUCUACACAUCCUCCCCCUAAUCCUACUCAUCCUUAAACCCAAUCUCAUAUCCGGCAUCCCCCAAU